AUGCUCGCCUCGACGCUUGCCCUCUGGGCUCUCCUCCCAGCGCUCGCCACUGCUAGGCCCAACAACGAGAAGCGACAGGCAACGACCGUCGCAGCGGCUUCAGGUCCCCAGCCCAACUCGUUCCAGCCUGCUGGCGACGCUGGUAUCUCGGCGCAGAUGAUGUUCCUCGGCACCAAAAACAAGGUGUACAUCCUCGACAAGACUGAGAACAACCCGACCACCAUUGAUGGCCGAUACGGCUCCCACCCGGCUUGGGCGGUCGAGUACGACAUCAACACGCAAAAAGUGCGCCCGAUGGAUGUCUACUCGAACACUUUCUGCGCUGGUGGGGCUGUUCUUGGCAACGGUACAUGGGCAGUCUUUGGUGGUAACCAACCGGUCACUACCGAUGGUGUGGCCACCAACGAGAUGGCUGCCUACAAGGAUAUGACGGGUGGCACUGCCAUCCGCAUGCUCGACCCAUGCGAUGACGAAAAGUGCGAAUAUAUUCAGGGCGCUCAGACUCUGGAUAUCAACGACGACACUGGUGGCUACCUCCAAAUGACUGGCAAGCGCUGGUACCCCACCGUGGAGACUCUGCCCGAUGGAACUCUGAUUGUCAUCGGUGGCGACAAGAAUGGCGGCUACGUCAACACUGCCGCUCAGGACAACCCGACCUACGAGUUUUUCCCUCCAACCAACGAGGGAGCGGUCAACCUCCAGUUCCUGUCGGACACGCUUCCCGUCAACCUCUACCCCCUCACCUGGCUCCUGCCCUCGGGCAAGCUGUUCAUGCAGGCCGCUCGCAAGACCAUCAUCUACGACUACAAGUCCAAGGCGACGACCGACCUCCCAGACAUGCCCAUCGCCACCCGUGUCUACCCUGCGUCUGCGGCCACCGUCAUGUUGCCACUUAGCUCGGCGAACAACUGGCAGCCCACCCUCCUCUUCUGCGGUGGUUCCGCUACUGAGCAGUGGGGAACUGACGUUGGUCCAGGAUACAAUGUGACUGCGGUUCAGGCCGACAACUCGUGCUACCGCAUUACGCCCGAGGGAUCCAGCAACCCUAUCUACGAGCAGGACGACUGGAUGUUCGAGGGUCGUUCCAUGGGCGAGUUUGUUCUCAUGCCCGACGGGAACAUCUGGAUGGGUAACGGCGCGGCAAUGGGCACCGCCGGCUACGGUGACUUUGGCUACUCUGCAGGCCAAUCGUAUGGCCAGGACCCGGUCUACAUGCCUGCCAUCUACCGUCCCUUCAACCAGCCCGGCCAGCGCUGGGACCGGACCGGCCUCGUGGCGUCGCCCAACGAGCGCCUGUACCACUCCACCGCCAUUCUUCUCCCAGACUCGUCCAUCCUCAUCUCGGGUUCUAACCCCAACAAGGACUUCACCAACACCCAGUGGCGUUCGCGUACUGACGUUGAGCGCUGGUACCCGUCGUACUACAACGAGCCACGCCCGACGUUCACUGGCCUGCCGGAGACCUUCUCAUACGGUGGCGACUACUUCAACCUCACCCUCAAUGGUACCAUUGACGCUGCAGCUGCCAACUCAACCCGUGUGACCCUCAUCCGCGGUGGCUUCCACACCCACGCCCUUGGCUUUGGCCAGCGCCAAAUCUUCCUGGACACAUCGUACACCUUCGACGAGGCGACGCAGACAGCCACCGUCCACGUCUCACAGCUGCCAGGUACCAACGGCCCGAACCUCUUCCAGCCCGGCCCGGCCCUGGCUUUCGUCCUCGUCAACGGCGUUCCCUCGCAGGGCGAGAUGGUCAUGGUCGGCAACGGCCAGCUCGGCGAGCAGCCUACUGCUGCCAAUGCCGACCUGCCAGGCUCGCAGACUGUGCCCCUCCCUCAGCCUCCCGCGAACAACGAUCCAGCAGCCGACAAGGCCAACGCCGGCAGCACCAACGUCAAGAGCGACGCUUCCUCUGUGUCGGCUGGUCUUGUCACGCUCGCCCUCCCUGGUCUCAUCACCAUCAUGACCCUCCUGGUCCCCGCCGUUCUGCUCUAG